AUGGCAGCAGUAGAGUCCAAAGAUGAAGCCAGUUCGUCGGAACUUUCGGAGAGUCCCCACGCGAAGGAUUCGAAAGUUUCAACAAGUCCGAACCAGAGUAACAACUCAGCUUCAUGGCUCGUCGGAGAUGUAGUGUGGUCGAAAAUCCCAGGCCAUCCUUGGUGGCCUUCGAUGGUUUCUUACGACCCAAACACUGCGGUGUCCUUCAAGUAUAAGGGAAGAGCUAGAUUUUAUCAUGUGCAGUUUUUUGGACAGGAUCCUGUGAGAGGCUGGGUCGCUGAAAGAUCGAUUUUAAAAUUUGAAGGUGAGGGCCAUUCUUGCGUGCACUACGGACUAAAGGAGAAAGUGAUAAGCUCAUGUUGGGCGAAUACUCGGGUAUUAAAUCUCGCAAGUUUUAUCUAUAAUUGCGGGAUUAACUUUAACACACUGUCCUGCUAGGUGUCGUAAUUAAAGGCACAAUUUCUUUCUGUAGCAUGAGGAAUCGGCGGCGAUGUAAUCACUUGCGCGUUGUGUGUUCAAAAAUACAUUUUGUCCCGCCAUGUUUAUCUAAAUUUCAUUCAAAACAAGUAAGUCGCCAACCGACAACGAAAACGAUUGGAAAAUAUCGCCAAAAUGUGUCCAAUUUCAUUUGAAUUUCACUUAUCGCGUAUUGAAUAGCAUUAUGAAGUUCUCAGGCCGCAGAUCCCUGUUUUUGGAUCGUAACUUGGUUAUGUAAAUAUGUUGGGUGUACUUGAGUCUUUUCAAUAUGUUUUGGCGCUUCGCCAUGCUAAGAUUCACCAGUCUUCAGGCGCAUGAUCAUCAAAAACAGGACAGCUGCUUGGGAAGGAAAAGUCCGAAUGUUACCAAUGUGCCCUUAUGCACGCCGAUGAUAGGAUUUUUUUCGUGAAUCUCUUCAUUCGACUUAAUUUUGUUUUGCUUGAAAGGUGUUUUUUUUCCAAAAAGCAGCACAUUUGUCAAAAUUAUCAUUAUUAUUCAUUCUGGCAGAAAGACACUUUAUGUCAUGAAUAUUUGUGUCAGGAUUCAGCUGCCUAAGUUGCAUUGAAUUAAGCUCAGUUUUGGCUUUCUGUCUAUAUGUUACAUUUUUAUUAAAUUUAUCAGGUAAUAUAACUUUGACUGAUUUUGUUUUAAAAAGUUUUUACAAUCUCACAAUUUAUUAUGCCAGCAUGUGAAAAUCAUAGCACAUUAUUUCUUGGUAUCUUUCCCAAUUCUUAUUUUAUUUUUUACUGCCCGGCUAUUCCCAAGAUUGAAAUUGAUCAUCCUGGACAGAAAAUUAAAUAGUCUUUCUUUUAUGAUCCAAUUGUCAAUAUUUGACUUAAAACCUUUUGCAAGCAUCAUAAGUAAUAUUGUUAAAAGUCUGAUGUGGAUAUGCACUACUUUGCUUGAUCUCCCAGACAAACCUCUAGAUUUCCAUUAAUUUUUAAUUUGCUACUUGUAUUGUAGGUUUUGAAUUAAAAACAAAAACAUUGCUGCUCCUGUGCUUUCAUGUUACCAGUAUCUUUUGUUCAAUUCAGUGUUGAAUUUCAGCAUUUAUGCCCUAGAAAUGUGAUGUAAAUAAAUUAUUGUCUACCGUACCUCGUUUUGUGACUGGCGAGUAAAUUGUGGUGAAAAGGGCUUGAUAUUUAUAAUUUUAUCCAGCACAACAAAUGACCUUUUCUAUUAACAUUUAAAACAGCUAUAUUUAAAAAGAGUAUGAUAAAAAUAAUCCAAAUAAUAGUUUUGCAACAUUCUUUAGAUCAAAAAGUAGAUUUCAGUAGCAGAUUACUCUUUGUUAAUGAAAGAGAAGUCUUCAAGAUUUGUUACAAAAUUCUAACAGUUUUAUUGUUUUGUUUGCAUGCCUAUUUAUCGGUUUAUUAAUACAGUGAAUUUUUUAGAAAUCUGUCGGUAAUACAUUGGAAAGGAUUGCUCAACUUAUUCUGUAGCAAUAGCAGCAGUCUUAGUGAUAUAUGAAACCAGCCUUCAAAGAAAAUGUUUUGCAGGUUAUCCUGUAGUGGAUUAUUGAUUUAACAUGGCUUUCUGGUUUAGCUUCAAGUGCUACCUAAGAAAAUUUUUUGGGAGCCCUUUUUGCCACAUUUCGAGGAGCUCAGUUAAAAAAAACUCAGUGACUUUAUUAAAUAUGUCAAAGUUCUAGCACACAACAACUGGUGCACUAAUUGGUUGAUUGAUAUGGUCCACAAUAUGGGCGAAAUGGACUACAAGAAACGUUGUUUUAUUUUAAAGUAGUCACCAUUAAAGAAUCAAAGACAGUAGUUUUUUCUGAUCGAGAGUGUUAUAAAUGUACAUUAUUUUUCUUUAAGUAAUCUCAAAUUUCAAGACUUUUUCCAGUUAGCAUCAAAACGAGCACGAAGUAAUCUUAAUUACAAGUUGAAGAUUCAAGCAUCUAGUUGUAAUUGUUACAAAUAUUCAUUUUUUUGUGAGAAUUGUAAGAGAAUGGAACAAUUUACCUGAGUGGGUUGUCAAGGCGGGAAAUCUUGCAUGUUUUAGGCGUUCUUUACGAUCAUUUUUAAAUGUCUCAUAAUAUUUUCAUUAACUUCAUUGCAUUUCAAGAACAGAACCCUGUAUCUAAAACUUAGUUUAAUUAGUUCCCCAGAAUGACCCCAUUGAUAGUGUCUGUAUCUUUAGGUUGACAGUCUCGACCAGAUCCUCGAAACCUGAUUCACUCUUCUCGAAACCCUUGGUCUCCCUUUUGACCCAUCACACAACACUAAGGAGCGUUGCGUGACGAGACAAAACAAUCAAGACUUGAAUGAAUCAAGUUUUGAAACGCAAGUUUCAAGAAACCAGCAUUUUUUAUCUUUACGAUUUGAAGGGAUUUCGAGAAAUGAUUUAUUUUGAGAGAAACGUUACAAUAUUUGCAUGUACAGUGAACGCACUGACCAACAGCAUUUGCGUGUACAAUUUAAGUGAAGUUAAUAAGUUUUUAGGCGAUAAAAAAGGACCAACGAAAGGUUUUUUGUCUUGAAGUUUGGAAAAUUGACUCAGUAUUUUUGUAUCAAGUCUAUCCUUUGAACUAUCGAAACUGUUUUUAUUUGUAAAGGUUUGUAUUUACAUGCGCUAACCUCGACAGGGUAAAUUAAAAAGAGAUUGAAAUAUGAUCUUGAAUAGCCACCCGAAUCAUUUCAAAAACUGGAAUGUUUUUGUGAGCCUUUCAAAAGUUACCACAAAAUGUACAGCAAAAAAUAGAAUAAAUGAUAAAAGAAACCACCGAGUGUAGUGUUCUUGUUCAUAGCAAGAUAGCAGAUGCUACAAACUUGGAAUUUUACGCUUGUCACGUGUAAUUUGAAACCUCUUGCUUUUCCACAGAUCGCGACUUUUAAUCAGUUUUUACUUCAUUAUAGCAACCUAACAUUUCUAACGCUGAUGGAAAAGUCAUGUUUUCAAUAUCAAAGGUUUCUCAAAGACUAUUGAAUUCGUUCGACGCCAUUUUUGACAAGAAAUUGCAACUGCAGUGCAGCAGAAGUUCAAGAGAAGUGCUUGUUUGUUUACCUUUUAUCAGGGGAAUAUUCUUUCGCCUAUGGCCAAUGACCAAACGUUUUCCAUUUGCGUUUCAAAAGUGUAGAAUGAGCAGGGAAUUUUGUUGUCUGUUUAACGGAAGUUAGCCUGACAAUCAUAAGUUUUGGGCGCCUGUUCAGGCUCCCUGUUGAAAAUUUUGGUCGCCAGAGGGUAAAUUGUAGGUGCCUCUGGUGCCCGCACGUUAUGGAGCAGCCUUGUAGCUUACUUGUAGAGAACUGCAGUUUCCUAGUGUGAUAAAACUAAAAUUAAACCAAUAAGUAUUUUAAAAAUGAAGUGCUGGUCAAGCCUUUUCAUUCAAAUGAAUGGUCAGGUUUAAGGAUUUUUUCCAUAGACUCAAAAGCGACAUGUACAGGGCUGUGCUGUAGCAGAGCCCGGUGGCUCCUGGCACCUUACUUUUGCUUUUGGGUGACUAGGAAAUCUUAGUUUUUCAAUAGAAAUCAUAUGCUGUGCACCCUGGAUUUCAUGGGUUCAGACUAUUGGGCUGCCUUCAAUGUUUCGUAGAGCACAACCUUGCAUGUAGAUUUGCUAUUCCUCUUUCCAUAGCCCUUUUCCAGGCUCCCAGAUAGUGGGGUCCAUGAGAGUGAGAAAGCGCAAACAUGAAAAUAAAACAGGAGGAAACCAGGGAUAGGAAAGGUCAUCGCCCCCUUUUCCCAAAUCACAUGCUCAUAUUUGUAGGUGCCUUUCACUUACGUGACAUCCCUACUUUCUGAGAUGAACAGAUUAAUCUCUGUGUUACUGUUGACUGUAGGAAUAAGUAGUGAGUUUUGUUAAAUUGUGUCUUACUUUAUUUACACCACAGGUCGAGAAAACUUCGAGAGCUCUCAAGGCAAACAGCUCAAAAUUGCACAGAAGCGUGUGGCACAGUGGGAAGCUGCAGUCAAAGUAGCUGAAAAAGCAAAACCAAUGAACAGACAUGAACGGCAACUAUGUUAUACAUUCAAGUACUAUGACAAGAAUGAGGCAAAACGAACAGAACCUUUGAAAUUGAAGAAGUUGAAUGGUUUGAGUGUUAUGUCCGUAGCUCAACAAAUGAAUGGGGUAGCUGAAAAUCAUGAAACUAAAACAAGUGGUGUCGGCAAUGUUGAAAGUGUGGUUUCGGAAGUCAAGGCUGUUAAUGGAGUUGGGGUUGCCAACAGCAGUGUGAAAACUGACCAGCGGAAAACUACUAAUGAGAAGACACAGAGGAAAAGGAAACUAAGUUCUAUAGCGGGGACUUCGAAGUUGUUUCCGAAUCAUGUAGAAGCUUCUAAGGCUUCAGAACCUCCCAAGAAAAGGAAAAAACAAACUGCCAAAAAGCAAAGCAGUGAGAUUGACCCUGUUGAAUCAACUGUGGAGGUUACCAGUGACAGAUUUGACAUACCAAUCAACCUAAACAUGGGAAACAAAAUGGAUUUUAAUUCAGACUUGCAUGGCAAGUGUAAUGGCGUAUGUAGUAGUAAAGCUAGUUCAACUCCUCCUAGAUUAAAUGGUGAUAUUUGUGCUUAUGGAGCAAACAUGGAAGUUUCACCCAAUACUGCUUUGAAGUUAAAGAUCAGAAAAAUCACACCAGAGCAAACCCAAAAAGAAGGAAAGCGAAAGAGAGGACGGCCUCGUAAGCCGCAUUUUGUUAUUGUCAGUGAGAGUGAGAGCAGUAUGGAAGUUGAAAGUUUGUCUGAAUCACCAGACAAAGUUAAAAGUAAGCAGAGUUCUUCUAGUGGCAAGGACUCCAUGCUAGACUCUGAUGAGUUAAGAAAUGGUGAAUCGAUAUUGACGAAGAAACGCAUCCGUAAACCCUCCAGCAAAGUAUUGAGUGCACAAGAAGUGGCAAUAUUGAUGAAAAAAGAUUCAACAGCUGUGAAGGAGAAGAAGAAAGCUAGUUGCAAUAGCAAAAACGUAAAAGAUGAGGGUGAUGUCGAGGCAAAAACUAAAAAGGUGAAAAAGGCAGAAACUGUUGAGGUUAAAAGUAAAAAAGAAGCACAAAUGGAAGUUGUUGAUCCAAAAAACCACAAGGUGGAAAAAAUGGAAAAUGUUGAGCCAAAAUGUAAAAAGAUAAAAGUUGAGGAGAGAAGCAGUGAACCUUCUGAACUGAGUAGUACUAUUGAAAUUGAAGGAAGUGUGACUUCCUCAAGUGAUGAUACAGGCAGUAUAAAGAAUGGUACAGUGGCCAAAAAGGAAAAAGAUGCUGUUUGUGUUGUUUGUGAGCAGCAAGAAAACCUAACUCACUGUGAGGGAAUCUGUGGAAAUGCUUUUCAUUUGGAUUGCAUCGGGCUUUCUGUUGUUCCUAAAGGGAAGUUUAUCUGUGAUGAAUGUGUAACUGGCAAUCACUGUUGCUUUGUCUGUCGACAGACUGGGAAUGUUAAGCAAUGCUGUCAACCACUUUGUACUAAAUUUUAUCAUGACGAAUGUUUGAGAAUUUUUAAGACUGCUAAAUUUGAUGGCGAUCGCUUUUUCUGCCCACUUCAUUUCUGUGGUACAUGUGUGUCUAACAAGUCUGCUGUCACUAGAAAACGAAUGAUCCGUUGUGUACGUUGCCCAACAGCCUAUCACGUCUCAGGUUGCCUUGUCGCGGGAUGUAUUCCUGUAAGUUCGCAGCUGAUGGUAUGUGCAAAGCACUUUUUACGUGAGAAAAACAAGGCUCACCAUACUCAUGUCAACGUAAACUGGUGUUUUGUGUGUUCCAUUGGUGGCACACUGAUUUGUUGCGAGAGCUGCCCUGCUGCAUUUCAUCCUGAAUGCAUCAGUUAUGAAGGGAUUCCUGAAGGACAUUUCUUUUGUAAAGACUGCACUGAAGGCAAGCAGCUUCUUUAUGGAGACAUUGUCUGGGUUAAACUAGGAAUGUACAGGUAACAAUAGUGAAUUAUAUAAUGUUCAAAGAACUGUGUAUGCUUUGAUUGGUCAGAAGUAUUCCUAUGUCCAUAAAGAACAGUAAACACCCGCUAAUAAGAACCUACUUUUUUGUAGUGUAGCAAAAUAGGUUCUUUUAUUUUGGAGUACUUAUUGACAGUUUAGGCUAAGUAGGUUCUUAAUUUUUAAGAAGGAGAUACAGUCGAAUCCCGGUAACUUGAACCCUCUAUAACUCGAACCUCCCACUAACUCCAAGCAAUUUACAUUUCUCUUCGGAUGGUUUUCUGUAUAAUUUUACUCUUGAUAACUUGAACUCCCGAUAACUUAGGCUUUUUUCUAUUUCCCUUGAAGGUUCAAAUUAUCGGGAGUCAACUGUAAUAGAUUGUUGAUUACCAGAAAAGUACACGAACUUUUAAUUUAUUCACAAUUGUAUUAUAACCCUAACAAGACUGACUAUCAAAUUUAUAUACCGUUAAGCACAGUAUGUUCUUGUUAUACUUAAAUUUACAACUCAAAGUGAAAUUGUUUAUGAUAAUUUAACUGUAAUCCACAUCAAAGAACCUGCUUGAUGUUACUUGGCUAAAUGUGUUCUUAUAUUUUGGGGUAUUAAAAUGCCAAAUUUGUGCCAGGAGGUUCUUAAUCCACAGGUUGUUAUUAGCGGGUGUUUAUCAUAUGCACUGCGUCAUGGGUGGCUACAGUUAUAUGGACAUACUAUAUGAAUGCAUCCUAUGUCACAAAUUCAGUAAGCUCAAUUUAUGGGAUGUUUUAUGAAAGAAAUAAAAAGACGAUAAUUUUAUUCCACCUGCAUUGUUGAGGUACAGUGUAUGAGCUCUUGGAAUUGUUAAAAGAAGUACGAGAAGCACUUUGUAUUUUUGCUUGACAGUUUCCAUGUGCUUAUAUAUUGAAAUCGCUUGCGUAAUAUUAUUGUCUUUUGUGACGAUUAAGAUAGUUCUAAAUAUUUAAUUGCAAAGGCAAUGGCUGUCUGGUUGUUUUAGCCCUGUGGUUAUUCCAGACAGCCAGGACAUUGUUUAUGCAUUAGUUGUACUUAGUUCCGUUGUAAAGUUGUGUUGCUGGUACAACAAUGAUUGUUGUUGUUGCUGUAAACUUGUAAAGAGAGGAAGGAACAAUUUAAAACAAAAGCUGUAAAUGGUCAAUUUGGGGAAGAUUAAGAAAAUUUUUAUGAGUAGUCUGUAAAACUUUUCUUCUGGUUAGCUUUUGAAAGUUUUUUUUGUUUGUAAAUUUGAGUGAUAACUUUCUGGGGACUUAAACCAUCUUACUUGAUUUGGCUUGUCCAAGUUCAGCACAAAUGCCCCUUAAAGUAUAUAAGAAAAAUACUUGCAAUUACUGUAUUAACUUGACUGCUGCCCUCGUUUUAACGCUGCAGAUUGAAGCAAACUUAUCAAUGAGCACCACCCUAAAAUAAACAGAGUGUGGGGUUUGUUUGAUGAUAAUAAGAAAAAUGUAGGUAAAACAACAUCCAGACAAUUAAGAGUCUAUCUAAUAUGUAAAGCAAGAUAUUAGAACUUUAAACAACCUCCUGUUUUACCUAACAUUUGCAAAUGAUUGAUCAUAAUUAUUGUCAGUGGUUUAAUAAAUGUGAUUUCAAAAUAAUGUGUCAUGAUGCAUCAAAAAUUCUAAAAAUUUAUUAACUCCCCAGUUUUCAAUCAAAGAAAUAUGACAACUACUGUUAACUUCUAUACUGUCUAAUUCUGUGGCUAUUUUCGUAAGUUCAUUAAGAGUUGUUUUAUGCAUAUCUGUAGAUGGUGGCCAGCACAGAUCUGUAAUCCACGCGAUGUCCCAACAAACAUUCAAAACAUGCGUCAUCAGCCUGGCGAGUUUCCUGUUCAGUUUCUUGGGUCACAUGAUUAUUACUGGAUUCACAGAGGUCGUGUAUUUAGUUAUCAGGAAGGUGACAAAGGAUCAACAGACUCUGGUACCAACAAGAAUCUGGCCAAAAUUUUCAAAAGGGGUGAGUGUACUAGUGAAAAAAUAAUUUUUUUUGGUUGUACAACUGUACAAGACUUGACAAUCACAUAGCACCAUACCCUUGGCACGUAAUACUUGUGUGUUGUUCUCAAGCAUUUGAAUUCGACAACCACAAGUCAGGUUAGGACUCACAAAUUAAUUUUCAUAAAAAUACUGUAGUUGCCAUCAAGAACAAAAGCCCAUUUAAUUGGAAUAUAUUCAUAGUUCAUUUGGAAUGUGUGUUAAAAGUAAGAAAUUAGUUGAAGGCUAAAAGUGGCGUAAAUUACAGAAGUAAAAGAAUUAGAGAUAUUUUUCUGGGAAGGAAGCAGGAAGCUCAAAUUGAAACUAUAGGGGCUUAUUACUUACUUAUCAUGCCCUUUUUCAGCACUUGUUGAAGCGAAGGAGAAGUACAGCGAGUGGAGAAUAGAACAAGAAAACAAAGCAGAGCAAGAUCUUCAAAAGAUGUCCAAAAAACCAGCCCCAUAUAAACACAUCAGGGUUAGUUUAAGUUAUGUUAUUUUCCAUGUUGCAAUGCGACUACUAUAACCAGGGCCACCUAGACAAAGUUGACCAAUCAGAUUACAGGAAAAGGACAAUACAUUCCGAGAAAGUUAGUUGUCAAUCAUAAUUACCAUGAAACAAAACAAACUAGUUACAUGGAUUAAAACCAACCAAACACAAUCUACAGAGGUGACCUUUUGAAUCUGCUGAAGAAAGAGGCAAAAAAUGUAAAUGUUUAUCAUAUUUUCAACUGUGGCAAUGAUAGCGAAGAAAUUGCUGGCAGAUGACCAAAUAUUAUAAGAGCUAAUUGUGCCUCUUUGUGUUUACAUGUGUAUGUAAGUUUCAAAUAGAAAAACAUUGUCUCAGUCUGGUGAAACAGUUUGCUCUCUUGAAAAACGUUUGCUAUCAAUAUUUAAACUUUGUGCUUCGAGUAACUUAUUGUUUUCUUACAAGCUGCUGAUUGGCCCACAACCACCUUUCUUGGACUGUAUCAUUAUUUUCCCGUAAUCCAGUUGUUCAACUUUGUCUAAGUAGCCCCAGUUACAAUGGUCACACUGUAAGUUUAAAACCUUAACGUCUGCCUUAUGACUUCAGGAAAGUGCCACCUUUUCAGGCUAGGUUGGAAACCUGUAGGUUUCUACAUGCAGGGUUUAACUGCGCCUUUGAAAAUCAAACCGGGAGUACUCUAAUUCAAUCAGGUAGUAUUGUAAACUCCGACUGAGUAAAUCUUAACUUUUGCCACUCCACGUCUAACAUUUAGAUUUCAUGGAGCUUUCUGUUUCAUGUGGUAAAAUGUCCCUGAGGAUUGGUAAUAAUAAAUCAACCUGAAAAAAGGACAGGAAAUUGCAUUUCAUUAAUAAACUCUGAACCCCGAUUUAACACCAGCUUGAAAAAAUUUCAGGUCGUAACUGUGGACUUUUAGAUAAAAUAAUGCUGGGAGCAUUUAAUCAAGUAAUGUUUUGAAUCAAAUGUUAACAGGACAAAACAAGCAAGGUUAGCAACAUUUGCUUUAAGUAUGGUAGACAAUUUACUGCAUAGUAUAAAUUCAACACAAUCAAAAUAAUGAUAGCUGAAAUUCAUCAUCAGCACACCAUACAGAUCAAAUUUCUUGGCUAUUUUUGACUCCUUCAUCAGUCACUGAAAAAACUGGUCAUUGUCAAGAGGUUAUUUUGCGGGUUGGGGACACGCUUUAGUGGCCUUUACUGUUGUAGUGAGGUUUAAACAAGAGACAAUGUAAGGGCUGUCUGCCGGGACUAAAAAAAUGGCCGUUGUAGAGAGGUAUCUGUUUGUGGAGGUUCGACUGUAUUAAUUUUCCCCUCCUGCGAACCAUUACCUGCAGUUCCCAUUGCAGAGUUUAUGCAACCUCAGGAGGAAGAGCGAACGUUAGGAAAUGUGUUGUAGAGGGCUUCAAGUAAAUACCACAUCCUUUCAUUCAAUUCAUUCUUUUGUUUACUUUCAGUCGUUCGACGUACAUACAUAUGCAAACAACAAAAUCAUUCAUUCAUUGCUGCACACACAUUCUCCUUGCCUUGAAGCUUUCAACAUGUUUCCACAAUUUAAAAAAUAAAAUGUAAAAUAUUAUUUUAGAUUAGCUGAGAUGCUAACUAGAUUCAUCUUUUAUUAUCCAUGACCAAUUUAUAGUUUUAAAUUAUUUAUAUUUUUUAAUGUAGUGGUUGAUUGGGCUGAGAUGCUCUUCGGAAGUACAUAUUAAUAUGUAUAGGUUUCAAGGCUGUGCUCUAGCAGAGCCCGGAGGCCCAUGGUGCCUAACUUUUGUUCUUGGGCAACGAGAAAAUCUUUGCUUUUGCAUAGAAAUCAUAUGCUGGGCACACUGGAUUUCACAAGUUCAGAGCCCUUUAAUUUUUCUUAGAGCACAGCCUUUGGUUUUAUCUUAGUAAUUAAUAAACUUGUUGCUGACUGAUGUCUUGCCUCUGAAAAUUAGUAGAGAGUUUUAGCAACAACAACGGCGACAGCUACGAAAACAUGACUCAAAAAGUGAAUUCACACUGCUUCAAAUUUAUCGCACUUACUCCGCCUCGUUUACUUCGUCAAAUGUUGGCAAUUGUUUCUGGAGUUGAAUUCUAAAGGACUGUAUCAAAGUUCAGGAAAAGAAAAAGACAGUUGUUGUCUUCUGUUCCUGUCCUUGACAAAAUGUGAAUUUGGGCACUUUUACAUCGUAGUCUUGCAACAACAGCAAAGAAAUGUACAAAAAAGCGUGAUGCACGUGCAAAGUUGUGUUGCUAAUCAAACCUGUUGCUUUUUUUGUGUCGCCGUCAUCAUUGCUUAAGCUCCCUAUUUUAAGAGGCCAGACAUCAGUCAGGGGGGGGGGGGGAGGGUAGGGGGCAGAAAAACACUAGCAACAAUCAGCAACGACACACAAACAUAAUGACCCAGCCUCAAGACAACGGCUGUAAAAAGACCCGUGAACCCCUGCGAUGUGAUUAGGGCAGCCCCGCAUAUUACUGAUGAGGGAAACAGUUGGCCAGCACUGUCGCAACUUAAAUUAUAUGAAUUGUCCACGGUAGUCUCCAUACAUUUCCUUAGGUUAAAGAAUUUGCUGAGAGAAUUUGAUAACAGAGCAAAGCAUUUUCCUUUCCUCUUCAUUUUAUUAAGUGGUGUGUCUGUCAAAAAGAAAGUUAACUAUAUUGUAAAUAAUUUUUGUUAAGAUUUGACAUUAUGUCAGAUACAAAACACCAAGGUUAUAUGUUGUACUUCAUACAUAGGCUUUUUUGUUGCAACUUCUCUGCAGUUAUGACAAUUGUCAUUCUUAUGUUAGGUAAACAAGUGCACGACAGCCGUACGCAUUCUGAUUGAUCCUUCAGAACUGCCUAUCUGUGACUGCACCGCAGAUAGUGAGAAUAUCUGUGCUGCGGACUCCAACUGCCUGAAUCGCAUGCUUCAGUUUGAGUGCAAUCCUCAAACAUGCCCAUCAAAGGAAAACUGUAAUAAUCAGAGAUUUCAAAAAAGGCAGUAUGUGGAUUGUGAGGCGUUUAGAACAUUGCAUCGUGGAUGGGGAUUAAGAUGCAAACAGGGUGAGUGGUCUCUGUGAUUGUAAUUGUAAUGAUACAAACUCUUCAGUUUUCUUGUGACUGAAUUGCUGGACAUAGCCUCUCAAGAUUUUUCUAAAACAAUUAAUGGCAGUUGCUUAAAGGAGCUGUGUCACAAAUUUUAUCAAAAUUCUAACCACAGGAACUGUAAAUAAAACUCUGUUAGUUCCUGAUAACCUUGUUACCACAAGUCAUGUUGAUUUAUCCGUUAAUAGUGCACUGGACAAAAUUGUUCUGGAUUGACUUUUUACUAUACAAGAAUGGAACAAGAAAAGGAACCUCGAUUAUACUUUAUCUCUUUUGAACUUUAUUAACUUCCACACAUGGAAAAAUAUUUUUAUGUUGAUCAUGCAAGGAGGAAUUGUAUUAAGGCAUAUACAAACUUGGUAACAGAAUCACAUAGGCAUGCAAAAUCACAUGAUUUCUUUCACUGAAAACAAAGUGCUGUGUUAAGAAUAUAUCGUGUUCAUGUUUUGGUGGACCAUAUUUCUGGGCUCUUCUCCCAGGAGCUUGCCAUUUUCUCACUUUUUUCGCACAACAGCUUGAAACAACUCUGUUGGAUUUGCCUUAUGGCUUGUUGCGUUUGCUUCGGUGGUAGCAUAACAACUUGAAUCUCUGACUCUCAAAAACGGUGAUGUAUCAAAAAGGAUACAGUACUGCAUGUCAAUAACUUGGUCCAAGUUGUCUUCAUGGUAAGAUUUAUUUGGGGGUGAUAUUCUUAACAUAACAACACUUCGUUUUCAGUGUGGUUAGUGAAAAAAAUGAUUUGUUUUUCAUAGAAAUUGUGAUUUUGCCGACCUUUGUGAUUUCAUUAUCAAGUUUGGAUAUGCUGUAACGCAAGUCCUCCUUACAUGAUAACCAUGAAACUAUUUUUCCAUGUGUGGAAUUUAAUAAAGUUUAGAGGACAAAAAUAUCCGUAAGGUUCCUUGGCUUGUUUUAUUUUUGUAUAGUGAAACAUCAAUCCAGAAUAGUUUUGUCCAGUGUACUAAUAACACUCAUAAACCCUCUGUUUACUUAUUUCAGAUGUCAAGAAAGGUCAAUUUGUUAUCGAGUAUGUAGGAGAACUUAUUGAUGAAGCCACUUGCCAAGAACGUGUGCGAAAAGGUGAAGACGUGACCAACUAUUACAUGUUGACAAUAGAUAAAGAUUGCAUCAUAGACGCAGGUCCAAUGGGCAAUCUCUCACGCUUUAUGAACCAUAGUUGUGAUCCCAAUUGUGAGACCCAGAAGUGGACAGUUAAUGGAGAAGUCAGGGUUGGACUGUUUGCUUCACGAGACAUCAAGGACGGAGAGGAACUGACUUUUGACUAUCAGCUGGAUUGUUUAGGUGAGUAAAGGUAACAUGGGUUCCUUUUGUUGAAAUACAGCGAGACCCUGUUAAUACAACCACAGUUGGGCUGCUCAUACAGUGAGAAAAAAAAAUAAUCCUGACUAGUUAACAAUUUGCCAAAUUUUACAGAUACAGUGGAAGUUCUCUCAACAGACAGCUCUACAUGUACUUAUGGCCACCUUCACAAAACUGUGUUUCAGCUCUUGUACAAAUUCUCUAUUUUUACAUUCCCAUAAGUGGCCAUGGACACUUUCAGGGUUUACAAGUUAGUUUUAAACUCCUGUUACCCUGGGUACCAGAGGUCUUUUUCUCGCAUGCGGCAGGAUGCUUCAGUGUCAGCCACAGGUUGAAGUCACAAGAGGCAAAGCAACGAGAAAAAACCUCUGGUAUGGAGCAAUGCCAUUUACUGUCCCUGUUGAACUUUGAGCUUUUUUUGGAUUGCAUUUGAACCAGUGAGAUCGGACGUCUCCAACUCUGAUCAUAAGGACUGGCGCAUGAAGUAAUGCUGCAAAUGAGUUUUCAAUAAACAAACAAAAGAGUAAUAAUUUUGACAACUCUCAAAACUCUCAAUGUAAUAUAAUUUGCAAAUUUGUAAGUUUACAUUUCUAGCAUGAACAACAUAAUUACAUUUCUAGCAUAAAGUCUUAAGCGUACGAUUUCAGAAUAAGUGCAUCAGCCAUAUAAGCAAAAGUUACUGGAGUACUUUUGGGAUACUCACUGAUCCCACUUGAUUAAAUCGCACGCAUAGUCCAGCAAUAUUCAGCAGGAGAGCUGUAACAACAAUGCCAUUCCAUUCCCAGUCUACAAGACAGCCAGAACAUCCUAGCUGAGACCAUAAAAUGGAACAUGUCAGUUGUUUGCCUUGCGCUUCAUUCGAUCACUACUCCUCUCCAUUGCCCAUUGUCUUUUGCUGGUUCUUUCUGUCAUUACAGUUUCGAAACUUUCAGCAUCGCAAGACCAGAGUACAUUGUUAUCCUAAUGUAAACAACACUGUUUGAAAUAUCUUUCAUUUGGUGUCCCAUUCUUGUCAACCAAUCGUAGCGUCUGUUAGAUUCAAAGUUCCUUAGGUGGUUCUUAGAAGGCAAUCAGCUGUCGUGUCCAAAAUCUGGACCAAACCGAGAGAAGAGACUUGACUGCAACCAGAAAUGGCACAUAAAAAGUCUUUGAUACCCAGGGCAAGCUUCCGUGAGUGAACACCUGAAAUGAACUCUCAUUCGCCUCUGAGUCUUGUAUUUUAAUAGAUUAAGUUUAACAGGUCAACUGUUCGUCAAAAUGAAUUUAUAUCAGUUUCAGACAUGUUAUACGUUCAGUUACACUUCAAACCACCACUUGAAUUUUCUGCUUAGGACUAAAAAUUAAUGUCACUGUCAGACCAACGGUAUAGCCAAACACUGACAAAUAGUUCUUGCUGCUAUGAGACAGCACCCUUUUUUGCCUCCCGAGUGUGUCUGCUUAUGAGAGCUGCCACUGUAUCACUGAGUGCUCAAUCAUGGCAGUAUUCAUUUCAUAAAUGUCACUGUUUGUCAAUGUGAACUUACUGACUGAAUGAAAAGUCACUUUGAUUGCUUUUCUUUCUUGUCAAGCGGAAAGGGAUUUGAUGGGUAACAUGAGGACAUAGUUUAAGACUUGGACUAAAAAAGGUUUUUCCUGCACUCCCAGUCAGCUGUACGGGUCACCAAAUCUCCCAAUCGCCUUUCUUUUGUGCCAUGGUCUGGAAUUUAACCCACCCCCCCCUUUUUUUGGAAACUUCAUAGUACAGUUUCUGGCAUCAUUUUAACUUUGUACAUCUCUCACCACAAACAAAGAUUAGUUUUGUUAUCAUAAUCAUGAAAGCAACUGCUGUUGGCCUGUACUUCAAGUAAGACUACAUGUAAUGUCUGGAGCCACAUUCACAUAAUUAUUUGGGAUCAAAAUUGCAGGAGGGGGCAGGUGGUAUAGUGAAUGAGACAGUUUUCAGAGCUUAUAAAAUAAGGGAGGUGUGUUCAGUGAUGUAUACUGUAAAUAAUUUGAGAAUGAUACUGUACAGUGGGAUUGACCUACUUAGUCUCAAAUUGUGUGAACUGCUGCAAAUGACCAGUAAGCUUAGACCUGUUAUUAGCAGUGGGCAACUGCCUUUUAUAGCCUCCCGGCCUACUGUGGUGAAAUUAAUGGUCAGAUGACAUGAUGUCUUGACUAGAGUGUAUCAAAUAAUUGAACAACUAAUGGGAGGAUGAUAAUUAUUAAGAUGGAAUCCAUCAGCAUUAUUAAGGUGGAAUCCAUCAGCAAAUUGAGUAAUCUUAAUGUUAAGUGGACAAAAACCUUGCACCAGAAUAAUUUAAAUGAUAUCGCAUUCUUUUUACAUUUUUCAAGGGCUAUGGAUGUAAUUAGUUAUCUGUAAUGACACCAAAGAAAAUUUUUUUAUGAGAGCACGAGGAAAUAAAAUAAUGUCAAAUUUCACAAAAUGACACCUUACAGAUGAAAUUUUCAGUAUUUUAGCUGUGUUUUCACAAUUAUUGUGAAAUUUGACAUUUAUUUUUUCGGCCUCCCAUGAGAAAUAGUCUUUGGUGUUAUUACAGAUAACUAAUUAUAUCUAUAGCCUAUGAAAAAUGUAAAGAAGAAUGCGAUAUUGUUUCGGAUUUUGUCCACUGAAAAUUAAAAUUACUCAAUUUCCUGAUGGAUUCCAUCUUAAACUGUCAAUGUCUGAAUAUUUUAUCAGGAAACGAGAAGAAGAAAUGCCACUGUGGAGCUAAAAACUGCAGCAGUUUUCUUGGAGUGAGACCCAAGAACCAGGUCCAAGAGGAAAAAUCUAAAAAACCAGUAGAUAAAAGAAAGAAGAAACGAAUCAAGAAAACUGUUGUCAAAGAAGGUAAAUGGAUGUUUCUUUUGCAUGUGGGGGCAGUUUUACUGAAAGUCAUCAGUGAGCUUACGCAACGGGACAGCAGAAAGACUAGGACGGUGAAAUGCUUGUGUAUGACAAACUAUUAGGGCUAUUAUUUGCAAGUUUUUUUGUGAUCUUCACUUAACAUUAUUGUGUUCUGGGCCCAGUUGUUCCAACACCGGUUAGUGCUAACUCGGGGUUAAAUUUUAACCCUGGUUUCUUUUUCUUUCUACCAAGAGCACUCUAUCGGAUAAUUUUAUCUAUUCUUUUUAAAGUAUCCAAUCAUCAAAUUGAAGGCAAAGUGAAUUAAACUGAAUUUGCUUUAUAAGCUCUCAUAUUUGAGGUCAAAUUUCGCACUAACCCAAGGUUAUCUUAACCCAGCUUCGAACAACCCGGCCCUGGUCUUUUACAAAUAGGUCUGUCAAAAGGAAGGUAAAGUCUUGUGGAAAAUUUUUUUUGAAUAUAAUUAUUCUUACACUUUUUAGAAAAGGUUUGCAGUCGUCUUUCCCCCGCUGUCCUAUUGUGUAAGUUCACCAGUUUGACAAUAUCCUCAGAAAAUGUUGAGUGCAAUAAUGUAAUAAAAAUGCGCUUUUUUAACAAAAUGUGCUCAAGCUUCAAUAUUGAAAAUGCAACAUUUUUAUUUUACCAUAAAGUAAUUUAGUAUUGAAUCCUUUAUUCUGCUUUAAAGACCAAAAGCAAUGAGUUAAGCAGCUCAAAGUUAACAAUAAGCUGUGACUUUCAGUUUAAAAUUAUAAGUAAUGGAUAUUUCUCGUUAAACUGUAAUUGCCUAAAUACGAAUGCCUAACACUGUGCUGUAUAAAGCUACGCUUUUCAAAGUUGCUUCUUUAGUGAUAAAAGCUAAAACAAGUGUACAUUACUGAAGCAAACAUUUCCGUUUGGCCUCAGAUCUGCCAGUGUCAUCUGAACAUCGCAAGCGUCCCCCUCCUCUGCCAGCUGUUCAACAUGAAGUCUUUAAUGAGCAUGGCACCAGUUGUAACACCACUGACCAGGCAAUAAAGCUCACAGGCACCUCUCCUCUCAAUAGCGCAUUGCCAUGGACAUAUAGCCCUCUGCAACCAGGGUUGUCCUUAAGUAAUAAUGUCUAAACAAGGUGUGAUAUGUAUGUUUUAAAUUUCAUUCUUUAAAGAAACUAAAUAAAUGAGCUAGUUGGCCAAAUUAAGUGUAAAUUUAAUUGUAAGAUAUUUUAUCUGACUGAAGUGCUGUUGCACAUUGUUUAAAAAAAAAACAACUUUAUUCUGUACAUUCAAUCCUUAAUAAUGCAGUGGUAUAUAAAUGAUAAAAUAAAACACAAUAGGCGAUAGAUAAAGAAGAAUUAUUAUAAAUUGUGAGAGGGUGUCACAUACUUAAGAACCCAUGAUAAAGAUCACCCCGUGUCUUCCCAUACCUUUCCUACCAUUACCUUGUGCGCUAGCAAAUAUUUGAGCUAUUAGUUGUUUUAAAUAUGUACAUAUUUUAAAUGAUUUUCGUAUGGAAUAGAAUAUUGAUUUGAUUUGAUAUAGCAUUACUUAUUGUAAUAUAUUUAUUCUAUUUUUUCUUUAUUGGCCUUGGUGUAAGCCAGUACUUAGGAAUAAAGUCUCUAUUAUAUAUUCUAAGAAAUCUCAAUUACUCAAGACUUAAAAUACAAGUUUCACCGUACUUUAAUUCAAUUAUAAUAAAUCUAAGAUCUGAUGCACUGCUUAGCUCAUUACAAGUAAAGGUAGUUCAUGAUAGUUAAUAAUGAGUUUACUCAGCCUUUUGAAGCUUUUGAUAGAAGUAUUCAAAUUGGGUUCUGUACUGAUACGGGACUCCACGCCAUUAGACUGAUAGUUUGAUACAAAAUACAUGUAACUAAAAAGUUAUAGGGCUUUUACCCUUAUGUCAGUCACAAGAAAUGCAAUCUAAGUUGAUUUGUAUUCUCAUUUUAGUCCAUGAAGACGAUUGCUUUAUUUGUGGUGAUGGUGGCGAGCUUCUGAUGUGUGACAAGGGAGGCUGUUCAAAGUGCUACCACAAGGGCUGCCUCGGUGGUGAUGUUAAUGUCCGCGGCAAGUGGAUCUGCCCUUGGCAUUUCUGUGAUGAAUGUGGCAAAUGGGCGAAUGUUCUGUGUUCAGAGUGCCCAAACUCUUACUGCAGAGGUCAUUCCUCUGGUCAAAUUACCGACGUAGGAAAUGGGAUCCUGCUUUGCUCUGAUCACAUUUUGACAAGGACCAAAACAUCACAAAAUCAGCCCGUCGAAGAGGAAAAGAUUAAUGGAGAAGUGAGCAGUACAGAUACACUUGAUUAAAACAUCAAUCAAUAUCUAGAAGUUGUUUUAUAAUUUUUGCACAUUAGACAUUUAGGUUGUACAAGAAGCUUCGUCGAUUGCUAUUUUUUAUCUUUCUACAGAAUCCGGGAUGAUUUAAAUCACUGGAAACUUAACUGUAUUAGAUGUUUUCUUUAGUCCAUAUAUUUCAUUUUGAUCUGCCCAAUGAUAAGUUUCUUUCAGAACAAAGUAAGGUAUUCAUGGCGCUGGAAAGGGCGUUCUCCUGGAAUGGCAUUUGAAAGGAUUGGCCACCUUCUAUUUCUGAAACUGUAGUUACAUAUUAAAAAUAUGAGCUGAAAACUAGUACACAUUGACCUGACCUUAACUUUUAGUUAAUAUGGGUUUAAAUUGAUAGUAAACUUCCUUUUUGAACUACUCUAGAUUUUUAAGGUAUGUAAUGGAAAAAUUCUUCUGGGGUUGUGUAUGGUCAUAAACUGACCAUAUAUAGAUUUUUUUUCUGGUCCUAGCAGAUUUUAUAGGUUUCCUGUUUUGCAACUGUGAUAGUGAUGCAAAUCAUUGUUCAACCAGUGAUAAAAACUGAUUCUUGAAUAGUUAGCACAGAAACUACAAUAUUAGUAUUAGUAUUAGUAUUUCAAAACCAGUCAAAUAUUCCUAGCUGCAAGCAAAGUGCAGUUAAGCCGGCAGUACUUUAGAAAGUGGUAUGUGUCACUGGUCAGCAUUAAACUUAAAGCAAUCACGGAGUUUAAACCCCCACUUAGUUCAUAACUCUUGGAGUAGCUUGUAUUUCAUUGGCCACACUUCAAGAUUUCAUUUCUUUAAAGACUCAAAUAGUUAGAGCACGUAACAUUAUUUUAGGCACGAUUACAGUAAGAAUUUGUAUGGGCUUAAAGCUCAUUAUUUCAAGGGAAGAUCGCUUACGUGACGUUAAGGAAGUUUAUUGUUGGCAACAAUUAGGUCUAAGAAUAAUUGUUUUAAAAAGUCCAGAGUGUUUUAAAAAUUCUUUGGCUUGUCAACAAGAUCUCUUCAUUUUCGUGGCAUUCAUCUCGUGAACAUUUAUUUAUACACAGUUUUAAUUCAAAGCAUGGUAGUGUUACAAAGAAGAACAAGAGUACAUUUAUGCAAAACUGCUUGUUCAGAAUCGGCCCCCAAAGAAUUUCGGGAUAUACCAAAGUCAGCAAUAGGGUGGUGAAGGUGGGGAUAUUAGUUCAUUGUAGAUAGAUAAUGAAUGUUUAAGCACGGCAUAAUCACUAUCACUUUUACAAUGCAAAAAUCUGUUUCCAGGAAAUGUGCUUCUUGGAGACUGGAGGGAGGGACAAGAGAAAUCUAAUCUGGCUUGGGGUUUCCCAAGAAAGGUUUUAUGAUUGUGCAAGGUGACAUUGAAAAUGGGGUCGCGAAAAUAUUUCAUAGGAGUAUCUGGGCACCGCUUUGCAGUCACUUUAGUUGCAAUCUCUCUAAACUCGUAGCAGUGUAAACGUUUUCUAUUUCUUACGUAAAAUUCUAUUUUGACGAGAUUGUAAGGAAUGAUUGUUAUAUACAGUUAGGAUUAUUAGUUUUACACACUUUUACUGUGCUGAUAUAAUGAUUGUUUUAAAAAUUGUAUCGUACAUCCUCUAAUAAACUUGACAUUGGC